CAGUCGCCCGUGCAGAAGCGAGAACGAGAGAACCAAAGUAGUUCCGCAUCAUGUUCUGCCUUUAAUUUCAAUAUUCUACUUACAAAUCACAUGCUGUAUUUCUCAUUUAGUUCAUUUAAAAGUGAUACAUUCUUAAUCGUGUUCUUGAUGCUAUACCAUUGCGGAUUGUAAACUGUGUUAGCAUCGUUAGCGCUAACGGUGAAAGCAAGAUGUCGGCGUCCUUGAGCACCGCAGGAUGCUGGAGGUUCCUGGCUGCAGUGAGCAGUUUGAGUCCUCCCCGGAGCAGAGCUCUUCACGUCACAGCAGUUUGCUGCAAGAACCGAGCGGCUCGCAUCCGAGUGGGGAAAGGGGACCGUCCGGUGACCUACGAGCAGGUCCUGAAACCUCACCACAUCGGCCACCGCAAAGGAUGGCUGUCGCAGCACACGAGUAACCUAAAAGGCGAAGACGGCGCCGCGGAGCGCACGGUGGAGGACGCGUUCGUCCGCCGCUUGAUGUUCGGCACCUUCCACGGUUGCCUGGCCAACGAGGUGGUGAUCAAGAGGCGCGGCAACCUGCUGAUCGUCUGCGCCCUCGUGCUGCAAAAGCUGCCGCCGCAGAAGUUCUACUUCCUGAUCGGGUACGCCGAGUCGCUGCUGUCGCACUUCUACAAAUGUCCCGUCAAGCUGGACGUGCAGACGCUGCAGGAGAAGCAAGUGUACAAGUAUCUGUGACGGCCAAUCCCAAACGGCAGCUGCUUCUUGAAUUCCCGUUUCCUGUCACAACACCCCAGCAGUUUCUCUUCUUCAACUUUUUUUUUUUUUUUUUUACAAUGAGCCAUGACGUACAUUCACAAACUUGUUCGUGUACUUCCACAAAAUAAAGUCCAAUAAGUAAUUCA